CUCGAAUCUCGUGCAAGCUUCCCUCCUGUCUCAUGCAAGGCUUGCCCCUCUGCAAAUCGACGUCAGCGCAUUGUCAUUAUUCGAGACAGAGACAGGGCUACCUUCUGGCGUGUCGGCCCGGCGCGCAACAACAAGAGCGCUUAUACUUGCCUCUCUCGGGAUCUCUCCCAGCCAAACGACUACCACCACGACCACACGAUCUUGACGACGAUCAUCUACGCGCAGUGCGACUUUCAUCGCGAUUGCCAUGACAGCACGUCCAGCAGCACGACCGCUGCCUCACCCUCCCGCAGGGGGAGGCGGGGGCGCCUAUCAUUCAUCCAACGAUGCAGUCUGGUAUGAGCACGAGGAGAGGAUGCGACCAUCCUACAUCUCACCGCAACCAGGACUGCAAGCGUACGGAGGAGGAGGAGGAGGCAUUGGACUUCCCAACUCACCACCAAGGAGCCCAUCUGCUUGGUACAAUCAACAAUCGCCCUACAUGAGAUCGCAGCAGGCAAACCAAUUCGCGCAAGGGCAAUCUGGCGGCCAAGCGUAUCCCUUUCCAUCUGCAUCCGCCUCUGCUUCCACAUCUCGUCCAUCUGGGCCGACCUACUCGAACAACCUUCCAGCUGGCGCGCAACCCUCGUAUGCCUUCAAUCAGCAGCAGGUACAUCAGCAGUACGCCCCAGAGAAGAGGUUUGGCACCGCGAGCAAGAACAAGCACAGCAGCAUGCAGCCAUUCCCGACGAACAGGCUCCCAAAUCCCUAUGAUGCUGGAUUUGGACAAGCAGACGCCUUUGAGAACUCAAAUAGAGGGGGCAGUGCAUUCAUGGUGAGCAGGACGUGGGCCAGUACCGUCGUCGGCAUCCACAGCACUGCUCGGCACGCGAGUAAUUUUGCUUGCUAACCCUACGUGAUGGACGCGUGACUUGACAGCACAAGGGCUUCUUUGACAUUCUCUCUUUGGUCAACAAUUCCCCCGCGCCUGGAGGUGCGC